AAUAAACAAAUAUCUCAUCGCCUCUCUCUCGCUCUCUCUCCCCUUACAGUCUUCUCUUCUCCGUUUCUUUGCUAUGUGGGUAGCUCUUGAAACCCAGAUGGUAGAGAGCAACCUCUUCAACUCUAACGUAUUUCUGAAUAGUUUUUCGCUUAUCUGAUCUGGGUUCUUAUUGUUCGUUCGAAAGAUCAUACUUUCUCCAUUAAAUCCGUACUCCUUUCCAUCUACUGUUACAGCCAUCAAUACAAACUGACAUCUCUUGGUUUGGGGUAUUGGGAGGCUGUAUCCUUUCUCCAACAGAUUCAGAGAAACUGGAUUUUAUGCGGGAGAUGAAGAGAGUUGCAGUUUCUAUAAGAAAUCAUCUUUAAUUGUUUGAGCUUUUCUUUUGGAGCAUUAGAGGAUUAUGGGUAGAGGCAGAGGGAAGGGGAAGAAGUUGACUGUUGUUACUAGUCAUGAGGAUCCUGGUAGUGGUGGGGAGGAAUCACUUCCUGCUUACAAGAGAAGGGGAAGGCCCCAAAAACCACUGAAGGAUGAGAUAGAUGAAGAAGACAUUGAGAAGAUAGAAGAGGAGGAUGGGCAGAAUGCCAAAUCAGGUACCACAAAUAAAGAGAUGAAAAGUCCAUUAGCAGCAGAGAAUGGAAAGAAGAGGAAGAGGCAUUCACAGGCAAAAGAAAAUAUAGAUUCUGUCAAAGAGGAGGACGGUACCGGGACUAGAUCAAGUACUGAUAACCCGGUCAAGUCCAAUGGUUUUAGACAAAAUGGGAAUAGGCGUAAGAGCAAGCCCCGAAGAGCUGCUGAAGCUGGCGUUGAGUGUUAGUGAUAUUCGGAUUAGCCAUUGAAUGAGUUUCUUCCUUUUUUUCUUUCUAGAUAACUCAUGGAUCUAAGAAUCAAUUGUUGUUGGUUCGCCUCUGGUUCUUUAUUUUUCAUUUUCUUUUGGCCUUGUCGUUUCCUUUUCUUUCCUUCAUUUGUAAGUUUUGAUUUGCAGUUCCUUGUUGAUGAAUGAUUUUGUUUGGGAGGUAUGGAACAGGCUAUAUUGCUUCAUAAUCUUUAAUUAAGGUUUUACUGUUGGAUAUUU